AUGGAGGAUAACACAAGAGCACCAACAGUUAACAGCGUGGAUUGUGGUCCCCUGUGGGAACGGAGUAGGGAGACUGGAAGUUGUUAUCAGUACCCCGAGGUCCUGCUGAACUGGUUCGAGGCAAAACAAUUCUGUACGGAACAAGGCAGUGUUUUAGCCAGUAUCAAUAAUCCACAAGAACAGCUAUAUCUAACUGGUAGAGUUCUCACUUUACCCAAUGUAUAUCUAUGGUUAGGUUUGAAUGAUUUAAACCAUGAGGGAGGCUGGGAGUGGAUCGACCGUACACCAUUAGCUUAUAUAAAUUGGUCCGACGGGCAGCCUGAUAACAACGGCAAUGGUGAAGAUUGUGGCGCCAUUUUGACAUCAACAGGCAAAUGGAGUGAUUUCCCUUGUCAGAAUAAAACGGCGUUUAUUUGUAAGAAGAGGGGGGAGAAAACUCCAGCCACUACUCCACUGCCUGUCAGUAGAUCUUCAACAUUGCCAGAGGGUUUGAUAUUUGGGUGUGGUGAAGAAUGGACAGCCUAUCAAGAUUCGUGUUACCAAGUUUUAGACCAGGAAUACCCCUGGAUGGUGGCCCGAGAUGUCUGUAAGACUCUGACUGCUAGUCUAAUUAGUAUUGAAGAUCAGCUAGAAAAUGAUUUUAUCCGUGGAUUAAUGGCCAUGUACAAUGACUCGGCAUGGAUUGGUUUGAAUGAUAUAGAAAAGGAAUCGGUGUUUAAAUGGGUCGACAACCGUAGUGUGUCCUUCACAAACUGGGGCAAUAAUCAACCCAAUAAUCUUAACGGUCAUGAAAACUGCGUCUACAUUAAUCCACAGGGCGGCUGGAUGGACUAUAACUGUUUUAUAAUCCUGUCCUAUUCUAUCUGUGAGAAACCUAUCCCAGGAACCACGUCCAAAGUUGGUUUUCCUACUGGCCAUGUAGUUACUAGUGCCACCAAAAUACAAUGGACUACCAGAACAUCCAGUGUGAUAACCAGGAACUCGAUACAAGCUGUAACAACACCUGCUAUAUCUUAUAUACUAAAUCCUAGUCCUACUACCGAAGCGGAUGGUUUAACUUAUCGUGGUAUAGUAGGUGUCUCUGCAUUAGUAAUCGUGCUCUCUCUUGUGAUAUUUGCCUUCAUCUUGUACUCGUGUCGUAUGGUCCAACAGGGACAUCAACGGGAAUACAGAGCAGGCUUUGAGAACCCACUCUAUCAUGGCGAUUUUAACGAGGACAAACAGUUCAGAGUCUUCACACUGUCCAAUGAUAAACGAGUCAGUGUCUCUAUCAGUGAGGAAAAUCAAAAUGGCGCCGAGACGCAGACGAAUACAAUCAGUGUUACGGUGGAACGGAUAACUGAGGUAAAACCGGAAGUGACAUCACAUAGUGAUACAAGUAACGCUGACGUCUCUAAUCCAUACGUAACCUCAACAGAAAUUGUACAAUACGAUAUUCCCAAAACUGUAAAUCAAAAGAGUAAAGAAAUUUUAGACGCUCCAAACACAACAAACACACCGGAAGUGUCAGAAAUAAGAUCCGGUCAGAUUUUGGGAAUAAAUCAGGAGAUACUAGACUCUUAUAAGAGUGAUUAA